CAAGUAAGUAGUAACCAACAAACAUCAAACUGAAAGCAGAGUAUUAUUAGCAUUUACCAGUUUCAAGGGCAACGCGGAUUGUCUUCUUCCACGAGCUAUGGCCAACUGCCUAUGGACCUAUCCUCAUCCAACGACUGCUCCGCCCUCCGCCGACUCCCGGCCUUCUUUGUGCCUCUGCAGCUUAUCGUUUGCGCGCACUCUUCGCCCCUCCCCCCGUCGUAUCGGAAUAUAUUGCAGUUCCGACGGCCAGAAUCAACCGGAAACAACUGGAGUUCAGCUCUACAGAGACAUCGAGAGAGUACUCACAGAAACUGUGAAGCAAUCUCAAGCAGGUUGGGGUAGUUCAGGAGAUUGGUGUGAAAUUGAGGGUGCAUGGGUAUUGAGACCAAGAAACACCAAGAUAACGUCAAUCGUACAUUUUAUUGGUGGCAUAUUCGUGGGUGCUGCUCCUCAACUUACUUACCGCUUAUUCUUGGAACGUCUUGCAGAUAAGGGUACAUUAGUAAUUGCCACACCUUAUGCCAGUGGUUUUGAUCACUUCCUUAUUGCUGAUGAAGCGCAGUUUAAAUUUGAGAGGUGUAUGCGGUCUCUCAAAGACACAGUUGAAGAUGUUCCUUCUUUUGGCAUCGGCCAUUCUCUGGGAUCCGUCAUUCAUCUUCUAAUAGGAUCAAGGUAUGCCGUGCAGAGAAGUGGAAAUAUAUUAAUGGCGUUCAAUAACAAGGAAGCGAGCUUAGCUGUUCCACUGUUUUCACCAGUCCUGGUGCCAAUGGCCCAAAACUUUGGACCACUUUUGUCACAAUUAGUGUCGUCACCAACUGUUCGCCUUGGGGCUGAGAUGACAAGGAAACAGUUUGAGAACCUUAGCCCUGCCAUUUUGAAGCAAGUUCUUCCUCUGGUAGAGCAACUUCCUCCACUGUACAUGGACUUGGCCAACGGACGGGAAGAAUUUUCCCCAAAGCCGGAAGAAACUCAGCGAUUGGUCAGAUCUUACUAUGGUAUCUCAAGAAAUCUAUUGAUAAAAUUCAAAGACGACAGCAUCGAUGAAACUCCAAGACUUGCCCAGAUCCUGAGUGCAGAAUCGGCUAUCAGUUCAAUGUUGGAUAUGUCCAUCCGCUCCUUACCUGGUGAUCAUGGCCUCCCAUUACAACAGGUUUUGCCCGAUGUUCCUCCUGGAAUGGCAAAUGCAGUGAACCGUGGAGGAGAGCUUUUGGCUAAUUUAACAGCAGGAACACCGUGGGAGGCGGUCGCGAAAGAGGUGGGGAAUACAUUCACUCCAGAAUCAAAUAUUUUUCGGUCACAAAACCCCAAGGAAGUCGAUUUGCUUGUCGAUGUCAUUACCAGCUGGAUGGCCUCCAACUCUGGGCCUAGGCUACUAAACUCAUAAUACUAUGUCAUGACAAAAGUAUGUUAAAGGUAUGUAAAGAAGCAUGUUCAACCGUUGUAACUCAACUAGCAUUGUAGUAAUUAUUUGCAAGUGAAGUGAAAUAGAGCCAUGGUUGGGUUUAAGAUAUCGAAUAAUUACUAUAAUCAUGUAGCACAAUAACUUUUACUAUUAUGUGGGUAUAAAUAUCUCACUCGAGCAAUUCAUCAAAAA